UUCAUUUGAGACAAUACCAUAUACUGGAAAAUGGUGAUUUUCAUUUUAUUAUCAAUCAGAUAAGCUUAUAAAAUUAAGUUAGCCGAAUGGAGUAAAGUUCAAAAUUGUGCGUGUUCUAAAUAAGCGAUAUAACUUAUCGCCGCAAGUUACUUUUUGCAAUUUUACACAAAAAGCAUUGAUAUUAUGUCAGCCGUGGAGACACCAAAAGUUGAGGACGUUGUGUCCGAAGUGGCUGCAACAGCUGCCGGCGAAGAUGGUAAAAAACAGAAGAAGCCAAAGCCGAACAACAAGAAACUACGGCAAGAGGCUGCUGCUAAAAAGAUAGCCGAGGGGGGUGAGCCAGAGACGACCACAAAUGGUGAUGCUGAGAAAAAGGCGCCAACAGGAACCGGUCAGCCGGCCAAGAAGAAGAACAAGGGCAAGAAAUCAGGAGGUGGUCAAACAAAUCCUCCAACCAUUCCCAUUUCCGAGCUCUUCCCCAAUAACAUCUAUCCAGAGGGUCAGAUUAUGGAGCAUCCUACUCCAAAGGAUAUGCCCGACGAUCGCACUGCCAAGGACCGCUUCACUUCAGAGGAGAAACGUGCCCUCGAUCGCGUGAAUAACGACAUCUACCAGGAGCUGCGGCAGGCAGCCGAAGCACAUCGUCAGACACGUCAGUAUAUGCAAAACUACAUUAAGCCAGGCAUGACCAUGAUACAAAUCUGUGAGGAGCUGGAAAACACGGCACGUCGUCUAAUUGGUGAGAAUGGUCUGGAUGCUGGCUUAGCUUUUCCCACCGGAUGCUCGCUCAAUCAUUGCGCUGCCCAUUAUACGCCCAAUGCUGGUGAUACUACUGUGCUGCAGUACGAUGAUGUGUGCAAAAUUGAUUUUGGCACACACAUCAAGGGACGCAUCAUUGACUGUGCGUUUACGCUGACGUUCAACAAUAAGUACGACAAGUUGUUGCAGGCUGUCAAGGAGGCCACUAACACUGGCAUCAAGGAGGCGGGCAUUGAUGUGCGCCUAUGCGACAUUGGCUCAGCUAUUCAAGAGGUGAUGGAAUCGUAUGAAAUCGAGCUCGAUGGCAAAACCUAUCCCAUCAAGGCCAUACGUAAUUUAAACGGACACUCGAUUAGCCCGUACCGUAUUCAUGCUGGCAAAACGGUGCCAAUUGUUAAGGGUGGUGAAUCCACACGCAUGGAGGAGGAUGAGUUCUAUGCCAUCGAGACAUUCGGCUCGACAGGUCGCGGAAUGGUCCACGAUGACAUGGACUGCUCGCAUUACAUGAAGAACUUUGAUUUGCCAUUUGUGCCAUUGCGUCUGCAGUCUUCCAAGCAAUUGUUGGGCACGAUCAACAAACACUUCGGCACCUUAGCCUUCUGCAAACGUUGGCUGGAUCGCGCUGGCGCCACCAAAUAUCAAAUGGCAUUGAAGGAUCUAUGCGACAAGGGUAUUGUCGAGGCCUAUCCACCAUUGUGCGACACUAAGGGCUGUUACACGGCUCAAUAUGAGCACACCAUUAUGCUGCGGCCCACUUGCAAGGAGGUCGUGUCUCGUGGCGAUGAUUAUUAGGUCGAGGAUGAGAAGGACAAGUUUUGGCAUUAGAAUACACAACAAACAAACAUACA